CUGGCGCAACCCGAGAUAUGCAGCCAGUGUGCAGGGACUGCGCGGAAUUUGUCGCAAGUGGCUCUUUUUUGUAUGCAGACACCGAAGCUAAGGUUGCAAGCCCGCUGCUGCCUGAAUCAGAAGGGCACCAUCUUGGGGCUGGAUCUCCAGAAUUGUUCUCUGAAGGACCCUGGUCCAAACUUUCAUCAGGCAUAUACUGCUAUCAUCAUAGACCUGCAAGCAAACCCCCUCAAGAAGGACUUGGCUAAUGCCUUCCGUGGUUUCACUCAGCUCCAGACUCUGUUACUGCCGAAAGAUGUCAACUGCCCUGGAGAUAUUGGUGCCUGGAGUACAAUCACCACUUACGUAGACAAGCAAACCUGCCAAGGACAAAGGAACCUUUGCAAUAGCACUGGUGACCCAGAAAUGUGUCCUGAGAAUGGACUGUGUACAUCGGAUGGGCCUGGGCUCUGGAAGUGCCUUUGUGCUGAUGGCUUCCACGGCUACAGGUGCAUGCGCCAGGGCUCCUUCUCACUAAUUGUGUUCUUCGGGAUUCUGGGAUCCACCACGCUAUCCAUCUCUAUUCUGCUGUGGGCCACCCAGCGCCGAAAAGCCAAGGCUUCAUGAACCCCUGGGUCUCCUAAAGAACAUGGAUCUAUCUGAGCCCUGCCUGGGUGUUGUGCUUCCUAGACUGGCAUCACCAAGCCCAGGCCGCCUUCGGAAGGAAGAUGGAAAACUGCCCCAUCCCCCUGCGCUGGGGACGCAUCUCCAUUUGCUGUUGACGAUAAUAAACAACUCGUCUUGUUUGUC